CCCGCCUGACGCGGCCUGGCGGCGGCUCCGGCCGGGAACGGCCCCGUCCGGGAGCGGGUGAGACCCUGGUCCGGCCUUCCCGGGGUCGGGGUGGGAACCGGGAGCGGGUAAAAAAACCAAACAAACCCAAAAAUCAGACAAGAUUAAAGAGUUCACCAAAAUGUGAGAAUGGCCAAUUCUUUAAGAGGUGAAGUGGUGAGACUGUACAAAAAUCUGCUGUACCUUGGAAGGGAGUAUCCCAAAGGAGCAGACUACUUUAGAAGCCGUUUGAAAGCAGCUUUCCUAAAACACAAGGAUGAGAAAGACCCUGAGAAAAUUAAGCAACUGAUUGCACGGGGUGAAUUUGUUAUAAAGGAGCUGGAGGCUUUGUACUUCCUGAGGAAAUACCGAGCCAUGAAACAGCGCUACUACAGCGAUGACAACCAGUGACUGUGCAUGCAACCAACACAUCCACGAAAACUGACAAUAAAGGAGAUGUAACCUCAAAAGAAACGAAAUGUAAAUCCUUCCAACCCCUCUAAGGUACAAAUUAGGACUUUGCUUCCCCUCCAGCAGCUGCUUGGGUUGUUUUCACUAAAACCUCAGGUGUGAAACGACUUUGCAGGAAGGAGUGGUUGCACAGCUCUGUUCUGUUUCACUUCAAAAUAUAUCUUUAACAGAAGCUCUUCUUACCCCAUAAUUGUGUUUGAAUGUCAAUUCAAAGUGCUAAUGCUUGCUACUUGGAAGCUUAACCUGAAAGUCCUCUGCAUUAAACGAUUGAUUUCCACUCACCUUCUCCAAAGUAAAGUUCUCCACUCAGCCCUGGUGAGGCCACAUUUGGAGAAUCGUGUUCAGUUCUGUCUCCGUAGUUCAAGAAAGACAAGGAGCUACUGGAGAGGGUCCAGUGGAGGCCACAAAGAUACUUAGAGGUCUGGAGUGUGUCUUAUGAGGGGAAACUGCAGGAGCUGGGCCUGUUUAUUCUGGAGAAGAUGGAGGGGGAUCUCAACAAUGCAUAUAAAGAUCUCUGAGGUGGAUGUCAGAGGAUAGUGCCAGAUUCUUCUCAGUGGUGCCCAGUGACAGGAUGAGGAGCAAUGGCCACAAACUAAAACACAAGAAGUUCCACUUCAGCAUGAGAACUUCUUUGUACUGAGGGUGGCAGAGCCCUGGAACAGCUGCCCAGGGAGGGUGUGGAGUCUCCCUGUCUGGAGGCAUCCCAAACCCACCUGGACAUGUUCCUGUGUCCCCUGCUCCAGGUGACCCUUCCUUGGCAGGGAGGUUGGACUGGAUGAUCUCCAGGAGUUGUUUCCAACCCUGACAAUUCUGUGAUUCUCUGAAAGUCAAUUCUUAAAGCUUUUAACCUCAUCUGCUUCACUUGCAGAGGCACCACCUUUCUGUGUUAGGAGGAUGACUUUGGGGUCAGGAAAGGGGCAUUGCUAGUUCAAGAACCAACAGUCAAAGAAUACUGGCACUUUUAAGAGGAAUGAAGUUUCCACUGUCAUUUAAAACAAGCAUUCAGGUAAAGCUAACAGGAUCAUGAAGCAGAAAGUAAAGUAAUGCUAAAACAAAUGCUAAUAAUUUAGUGUAAUGUACAAAAUUACUUCAGUACUUCUUAAGGAUAAAUUGUAUUUACAUAAUUA